ACACAUACAAAGCUACACAGAGAGAAAAAGCGAGAGAGAGCGCGAGAGUGAGGAGAGAGAACUGCAGCGCAAUGUCCAAAUUCUUUCUAACUGUUGCCCCCAACAACAACAACAACAGUAGUAGCAACAAUGGCAACAACAACACACCGCGCUACGUCGGAGGCGGAUCAUCGGGUCAUACACUGGUAGCCCGGAAGCUCAACUACGACACCAACACCACCACCACCAUCAACAACAACAACAACAACAACAACAACAAUAUUGUGAUUAAAAACGAGUCCUUGGACUUUGAUUAUGAUCACGGACUGAGUAGCAGUGACAGUAAUAGUAACAGUAAUAGUGGAGUGGCUGCCCAUUUGAGGGAUCAUGUCUACAUCAGUCUGGACAAGGGGCACAGUGGUGCAGGGGGGGCUACACUGCAACUGCAACAACAACAGCAGCAGCAGCAGCAGCAGAGUCGUAAAGUGGCCAGCAAGUCCAAUGAUAUCACAAAUUAUUACAAGGUAAAACGCCGGCCACAUGCUGUUAGCGACGAGAUCCACCCGAAGAAGCAAGCCAAACAGAGCACCCACCACCAGACGGUGGGGUACCACCACCACCACCACCCGACGACGACGACGACUGCGACGACGGCGACAUCGGCCACGACGCAUGUGGCAGCCAAGUAUGCAACGCAACAGCAGAGGCACGAUGUCGACGUGGACGAGGAUGUGGGGGAGCGGGUGGUCAAGUCGUCAUCCCAUCAUCAUCACUCCUUUGCUCUGUCGACGCCCCAGCAACAGUUCGCCGCCUCCUCGGCGGCCAGUUCCUCGAGCGGUGAUCGAAAUCGAGCAGACACCUCGCUGGGUAUUCUCACCAAGAAGUUUGUGGAUCUGCUGCAGGAGUCACCCGACGGUGUGGUGGAUCUGAACGAGGCAUCCAAUCGGUUGCAUGUCCAGAAGCGACGCAUCUACGACAUCACCAAUGUCCUCGAGGGCAUCAAGAUCCUGGAGAAGAAGUCCAAAAACAAUAUCCAGUGGCGUGGCGGUCAGUCGAUGGUCAGUCAGGAGCGAUCCCGUCGCAUCGAAGCGGAAUCGGAGCGUCUGGAGCAGCGGGAGAAUGAACUGAACCAAGCCAUCGAUCAGAUGAGGGCCAAUCUGGCGGAGAUCUCGCAGGAGGUGGAGAAUGCUGGCGGCAUGAUGGCCUAUGUGACGCAAAAUGAUCUUCUCAAUGUGGAUCUGUUUAAAGAUCAGAUAGUGAUUGUGAUUAAGGCGCCGCCAGAGGCCAAACUAGUGUUACCGAACACCAAGUUGCCGCGUGAGAUCUACGUGAAGGCGGAGAACAGCGGGGAGAUAAAUGUCUUCCUCUGCCAUGACAAUUCGCCGGAGAACUCGCCGAUGGCGCCAGGAGCCGGGUAUGUCGGUGCACCCGGAGCCGGAUGUGUUCGGACGGCAACCUCGACACGAUUGCAUCCGUUGACCAGCGGCCAGCGACCGAAUGAUCCGCUCUUCAAUAAUAUCGAUGCCAUGAGCACGAAGGGAUUAGGUACAGCUCCCUAUCGCUCAGCCCGCAAUCUUAACAAAUCGAUCGAGGAUGCCGCCAAACAGUCCCAGCCUGAAUAUAAUAAUAUUUGUGAUAUUGCAAUGGCCCAGAACCACCACCACUCCCACCAGCACCACCAACAGGAGGAGGACGAUGUGGAUGUGGAACUGAGGCAGUUGGUUCCAACGCUGACUAAUCCGGUGGUGCGAAGUAGCAGUAGUAGCACCACCACCCACCAGUUCAACCAGCAACAGCCAACCAUCCAGGAGCUGUUCUGCAGCUUAACGGAAUCCUCGCCGCCCACACCCCUUAAGCAGCGGCGGGCAGCUGCGGCUGCAGCCAUUGCAGCGGGUAGCGCAACAACAACAACAGCAACCACUACGCUUAAUAGUCAUAACAACAACAACAACAACAGUAACAACACCCAACAACCACCCACAAUAGGAUACGGUAGCAGUCAACGGCGUAGCGAUGUUCCCAUGUAUAACUGUGCAAUGGAAGAUACCGCCACCACAUCGCGAACAUCGAGAGGAGGAGGAGGAGGAUCAUCGGCGAUGGGUUCGCUGCAGAUGCAAUUCGCCGCUGUAGCGGAUCAGAGCAGCAAUCACAGCAACAGCAAUGCCGGCGGCGGCGGCGGCGGCGACAGCGGCUAUGGCAGCAUCGGUGGGGCAGGCGCUGGCGCUGGCGCCAACACUGAUCCCCAUGAGCCAUCGCCGUUCAGCCGCAGCAGCCUGCCGCCCAGUGUGGCCGACGACUGCGACGCCAACAGCAACAGCAGCAAUGUCACGCUCCAGGGUCUCGAUGCGCUCUUCAACGAUAUAGGAUCGGAUUACUUCACCAACGAUAUGGCCUUUGUGUCUAUUAAUCCGCCGGACGAUAAUGAUUAUCCUUAUGCCCUGAACGCACACGAGGGUAUCGAUCGUCUAUUCGAUUUUGGUUCCGAUGCCUAUGGACCCUAAGAGGAGACAUCCACCCACCCACACCCACACCCACACACACAUCCACUCUCACACAACAAGCACACUCGCGUAUAUAUCUUACAAAAAAAACAAAAAAAAUGGGAUUCUGGGGGUGUUUAUAAUUUUAAAUUAUAUACAAAAAAGGAAGGAAGGAAGAGAAAAAAAAAGAAAGGAAAGCAAACAACAAAACCCAGCAAAUUACAAAUUUAUUAUUAAAUUAUAUAAUUGCAUAAAAAAAACACAAAAAAAAUUUAUAAUAAUACAAAAAUCUGCAAAACUUAAUGAAACUAAGUUGUGUGUAAAGUUUUAAGCGUAAAAUAUAUAUAUAUAUAUAUACAUAUAAAUUUAUAACCCAAAUUAAUUUAAGGAAAAAAAAAACAAAGUCUACUUUACGAAAAAACUCAGCCUCACAAGAAAAACUAAAAAAAAAAAAACAAAAAAGUUGAAGAAAAGGAGAGAAACAUUUUAUAAGCAAAUUUAAAUUUUAGCCUUAAAAAUAAUAAAAAAAAAAAAAAAAUACAAAUCAGAAUUGGAAGAAAUAUCAGGAAUCAUGAUGUGAAGGAAAUUGUGAGAUCGAAUAACUACUUCCCCCCCUUCCUAUCAACUUUUUUGGGCUAGAACUGUCUGUAAAAUAGUUAAAAAAUAAAAAAAAAAAAGAAGAAUUACAA